AUGCACCCACUCCUGCCCGUGAAGGUGGACAGGAAGACCAGCAUCAUUUUGCUCUCAUCCCGCACCUGGCUGAACUACACCUUCCAGAACCUGCUGAAUUUUGGCCCGCUGAUCUACGACGCGCUGGACAACGUGCACAGCUUCAGUGCCAAGCUGUGUCCGGAAGGCCUCAUCGGCAUUGUCAAACACGACCCCAUGCCCCUCGCGUACACCCCGCGCAAAAUUCUGCUCAACCCAGUCACCAAACACAACAUCACUGUUGAGUCCAAGCACCGCACCAUGGCCCCCGACGUCCAGGUUGCCCGGUUUGCCCUCCAGCCCGGGGAGGAGAGCCGACGCCAGUCGAGCUUGUUGCGACCCGCAUGCGCAUCCUCAUCGGCCCCCGGGGCCCGCUUGAGUAUCUCCAGCGCGUUGGCCUUUGUCGUCAAGGCCGGCCUCCUGGGCCUCCGCCUUGGCGCAUCAGCCGCCGCACCCGUCCUUCUCGCCCUCCCUGGCGUGCUAGCCAGCGUGCUGGACGUCGAGGCAUCCGCCUUUGUUGCCGUCGCUGCCCUCUGGAUUGUCGACCGUUGA